CCUAGUUCAAAAUAGUUGAUGCCACAUUUUCAUACAGAUUAAUGAAAUUCCCGCUAGUUUGGAUGACGUUGGUAAUACUCAUUUUAACUGCGUUAUUUUUCGCGGUCCCACAAUCCAGUGGACGACCAGAGAAGUUCAACACGACUUUUAUCAAGACUACUGUGUAUUACAACCCUAUAAUUUUCGGAGACCGGAUUAGUACUAACAUAAUUUCACUAACCGCAGCACUGCAAAAUUCUCAGUCCGAAGAUUUAGAUGCCAUUGUUCGAGGAAACGUUGGUCCAACCGUGAACGCAGACGAAGGUGAGACAACGGUAUGGAC